CUCCGUAAAUUCGAGGAGACGACGAAGUUUCUGGGAAAUUCUUGAGCCCUGGAAGUACGCGAGUAGGGAUGAAUAAUUCGGGGAUUUGGAAAAGUGCUUUCUAGACUCGUUUCCUCCGCUCGGGCAACAUGACUGGGACUCUUGCCGUACUUGUUUUAUCCGCACUCGUCGUCGGACGAGCCAGCAGCGCAGAAAUCAUCAAAGACCCUUCGCUGUGCAGUCGUACGAGAUGCGUCGUUCAUCCGGAGCAAAAGUUCAAGUACUCGGAGGGUCUUUACUACCGGUAUCACUACAGCGUGGACGUGGCAACGAAUUUGGGGAACGGAGAGCCGGUCGGGAGUGCCGAAGAGAGAAGCGAGUCGACGUUGUUCAUAGAUUCGACGGUGACUGUGAACUUCGUGUCUGCCUGCGAGGGCUACCUGCGCAUCAGCAAUUCGAGCAUAAGGCACGACCGUGAGGAUUACAAUAGAGAAUUUCCGGACGGCGCGGACGCCGAGUUUAAAUCGAAUUUGGAGAGGCACGAGCUCAGAUUCGCCUUCGACGAUGGUCACGUUAACGAGGUUUGUCCGGAGGCUGGAGAGUCGGUUUGGUCGUUGAAUUUGAAGCGUGGGAUAUUGUCGAUGUUUCAAAACACGAUGAAGCGCUUCGACGUCGACAGGAAAACGAACGAGCUCGAUGUAAACGGAAUUUGUGAGACUCGUUACCGCCUCCACGAGGCGAAAAAAACGAGUUUGAUUAUAAAGAAGAGCAAGGACCUGGCGACCUGCGUUCACGGUGGGAAGCACCUGUCGGUCGUCCAAUCCAACUUUUAUCGCAGCCCUCUGUCCCAAACCCGACCGCUCAGCCAACCGCUGCUCAAAUCCUACAGCGAGUGCGACAUCACCAUCGAUCACAACAUCUACGAAAUGGUCGUGUGCAAGGAGUCCCACCAUCUCCAAGCCUUCGCGAACGGCGCCAGGGCCGGAGCCAGAACCAAAACGGUCGCGAGCCUUCGACUCGUCGAAGAGUCUCCGUACGAGGACGAAAUCGACGGCGAUUACGAGGACACCUUCAGCAGAGAGAUCAACGACGCUCCAGCCAGCACAAACUCCUCAAUGAAGAACUUGAUCACUGCCAGACGCACCAGUCUGCUCUACGAUCAUUCCACAUCCCCCAGAACGGUUCAUGGCGACCUCAGAACCUCUCGAGAUCUUCUUAAAAGCAUGUGCAGACUCGGAUCCACCGAAGAACUUGAACAAAACUUUUCCGAAAUGUAUACCAAGUUUAUUCACACUUCGAGGCUCCUCGAUUAUCCCUCGAUGUCGCAACUCUUGGCCAGAGCCAACAGCAUCUGCAAAGGAGGAAGAAAACACAUUGUCAGCGCCCUGCCUUUCGUCGGGAGCAACGCAGCGGUUCGCGUCAUGAGAGAUUUGAUAAUUAAAAAAUCCGUCGACAAGGAGACGACGAACGCGUGGGUAACUGCUUUCGCUCUGAUACCGAGACCCGAUGCAGCAACAUUGCACGCCCUCGUACCGCUGCUCGAUUUCCAACACGAGAUUCCGGAUGCUCAAUUUAUUCUCAGCUAUUCUGCUGUCGUUCAUGCCUAUUGCGCCACCCAGGAAGGAAACUGCGCGGGUGUCACGCUCAAACCGAUCCAAGAUUUUCUCCGACAGAUGGAAACCGUCAUCGAGAAUGGCUGCUCCCUGAAACAUCAUGAAUUUUCGGAGGUUAAAGAGACGCUGGAAGCCUUGAAAGCGAUUGGAAACAUGGGCCUCGAGACGAAAUCUUUGCUGAAACGUUUGAAGACCUGCAUCGACGAAUCCAGCGGUUAUCUUCCCAUGGAAAUUCGUGUUUCCGCUAUCGAGGCACACAGAAGAUUGCCAUCCUGUCCGGAAACGAGGGACGACACUUUCCUCAAUUAUUAUCGUAAUUUUACUCUCGAUUCGGAAAUUCGAAUAGCUUCGUACCUUCAGGUAAUGAGGUGUCCCGAUUACAAUGUCAUCAAGAUCGUUAAGCACACGCUGAAACACGAGGAAGUAAAUCAGGUUGGUUCUUUCGUGUGGAGUCAUUUGACGAACUUGUUGGGAUCGUCAUCCCCGACGAGGGUCGAGAUUCAAAGUCUAUUGACGGACCGUGAUUUGGGCACGAAAUUCAACAGCGACGUGCGAAAGUAUUCGCGUAAUUACGACAAAUCGUUUUUCUCCGAGGAGUGGAAUUUCGGCGCUAAUUAUCAGAGCAACGUGAUAUUUUCAUCGAAAUCGUACGUGCCCCGUUCCACGAGUUUCAACGUGACGGUCGAUCUCUUCGGGGAGUCGGUCAACGUUUUUGAGAUUUCGAUGAGAAUGGAAGGGAUGGAGUAUUACGUGGAGAACAUAUUUGGCCCGAACGGUCCGCUGAGCAACGAAAAAGUGGGAAAUCACUUCAACCAGUUCCUCCGGGCUUUUCGCUCGGCUCGAGAGGACAACGAUCAUUGGCAGCAAGUGAAGUCUCUGCCGAACGUAAUCGACAACAAUUUCAACGAUCCAAGGAUCAGCAUGAGCUACAAAAUAUUCGGCAAUGAACUCAGAUUCAAAAUCCUCAAUGGCGAUCAGCAAAUUCGCACGAGUCUCGCUGCUCUCAAUCCUUGGGCGAAAGUCAAACAAAUUUUGUCCGGCAAAGAAUUCCACGGCGAAAAUACGGUCAUGUUCUUGGACUCGAGCUACGUCGUGCCCACCACUUCCGGUCUACCUGUCCGCCUCGAUCUCGCUGGAUCGGCUGCUUACAACUUCAAGUUUUCCGGACUCCUCAACACCGAACGACUGGCCAGCAACACCGAAGUCGAAGUUGUUGGGAACGUCACGCCCAGUUUCAGUAUCGACGUUACAGGAAGGAUGAUCGUCGACGCUUUUUACAAGAGCACCGGCCUGAAAUUGCGCAGCAACGUUUACUCAUCCGGAGCAGUACAAAUUCACCUGAAAAUCGAGCGCGCACGUUUGAUAAGACUGAGUCUGGAUUUGCCGAAUAAAAGUAUGGAAGUGAUAUCGAUACGCACGGAUGUUCUUCUCGUGAGUACGAACGGAGCUGAGACGAAGGAAAAGUUGGUCGGGAAGCUUCUGGCCGGUGAGAAAUCGCGGAAAGGAAUGGUAGUGCCUGAAAGCAUAAUAAGCAACACGACUUGCACCUGGUCGGCGCUGGAAAGACUCAUCGGACUGAAACUCUGCGCGGAUUACCAGUUUCCGAACGUCACCAGAGUCUCCAACGCUUCCUAUUUCAUUCUCAAUGGCCCAACGCUCUUCAAAGUUUCGGUUAUCAAAGCUGAUCCCACUGCGAAGAAUUAUCUGCUCGAGUACAAAUGGGAUUCUACACCGGAAGAAAGUAUCAUGAAAAUGGCGUUCGAUACUCCGGGUUCUCAAAUGAACCGGGAGCUCAGUGCGACUGUGACAUUUGGCAUCAAAAACCAUAACGUGACGGUGCUGCUCCGAUCUGCAGGAAAUUCCUUAGAAGCCAAAGGAACUUACAAAAGGACGGAAGACGAGGCUAUGAUCGACGUAGGCUUGGAUAUCAAUGGCACUAAACACUUGGAUGCGAGCUUGGGGUACACGAGAAAGCGGGGAAAUUACGGUUACAAUUACACCCCGAAAUUGUAUCUGGCUAUCAACAGUGAAAGAAUUGCUGAAUUGUCGGGUACCAUAAAAAACGCUCAAAAAAACAACGUUUCUCAAUGCGACAUAGACUUGAGUUUUUCUACGAAGAAAAUAAAGAGCAGAGUUUUGGGUUACAUCAUGAGAAGAAACACAAGUUUAACAGGAAACGUUAAGCUGGAUUAUCAACUGAACAAAUCUCCGAAAAAAGAAACCCUCCAAGUGGAGAUCGCAUUGAUAAAUCGUUCCUCGAAGACCCUGACGCACAAAGAAGCCAAUUUGAAACUCCACUCGACGGCUUAUCCUCAACUGAAUGCAGUUAUUGCAACUUGGUACCAACAGGCAUUGGGCCACAUCGAGUUACACGCCGAAGUCAACACGAAACCUCACCUCCAAGACAACAGACACAAACUCACCGCGCAGCUUGUGCUCACUCACUCCAGGGCUUACUUCCAGUCGCAGGAAGCCAAAAUCAAUGCUUUUAUUGCUAUUACGAAGCCUAUUCAGAAUCUAGACAUCAAAGUUGGUGUUCAACACUUCGCUGUCGGCGCUGCUUCCAAUACCAAUUUCCUUAUUCGAUAUGCUCCAGGAAAAGAAAUAAGCUUAGCGGUGAACAUGGUGACGCCAAGAGGGACGAUGUUCGCGAUCGAGGGUCACGCGAACCUGACAAUACCAAAUUUCAAUUCGAUGCUGAUAGACGCACGAAUAAACGAGAAAGCAAGGGGAGAGUACGACAUAGAUUUUUCUGGCACGUGGUUCAGCGGGCACAACGUAACGAUCCGAGGAACGUACGCGGACAGAUCGACAGCGGUGAUAAUAAGCCACAGCUUGAAGAUGGUCCUGACAUCGCCGAGCCUCCGGAGGGACAUUUUGUUGAAUUGUAAGCUGUAUCACGACGUGGUCGACCUCAAAAUAGGGCUGCACUUGGAGCACUUGGAUUUGGAAAAGUACGCUUUGGUGAUCGAGCACUCGACGAUAUCGCCGACGAAACUGAUUUCCUACGCGGAAGGUCGUUACAAAAGCAACGUCUACACGAUGACGACGAACGUCGACACGGAGCGUGAAAUCCGCAUGGAAUUGCAUCUGGACCGUUGGCGCGAUGUCCAUCUCAUUGCCACGGGAAUAAACGAGCCUGAGAACAAAGAAUUUGGCAUAGAAGUAAAGUGGGACGCGAACAGGGACCCUGCUUUGAAAUUCGCGACUCUCGUUCACCUCAACAAGUUCGUCGACGUUGCCUCCCACUCGCAAAACGCAAGUGGCAACAUCAUGAUCACUUAUCCCAACAGACUGCUCACUGGGUCUUGUCUCUUUGCUCGACAAGCCAGAAACAACUAUCUCAUGGAUGCUAGGAUCGACUGGGACGCCGAAAGGAACAUUCGACUGACCAUUGACACGGGAUUCGACACGAGCUCUGGACCUAAUUCUGUUAAAUUUGAGUCUCAGCUGCUGACGCCUUUCGAAAAUUGGAAAAAAACUUCAUUCAACGCGAGGUAUCGACAAACGAUGGACGAACUGGGGGCCAGCUGCAGUGCGUUUUGGCAGGACAAUCAGCGAGUAACUGUCGACAUAUUUGGAAACACCCGUAGAACUCGAGAAAUGUUGGAGUACAACGGAAAUUUCGGUUUGACGAGCACAGUCCAUUCGGUUGGUUGGUUGACGGCGAACGUCACGCACAAACAAAUCCCUCAGAAAUCGAUUGAGUCUCGGGUGCUGAUAAAUUACGAUCCUGAUAAGUUGAUCGACCUCAAGAGUUUGUGGAUUAUCGAUCGCGAAUUGGACAACGAGGGUUACAACAUCACAGGAAAUUUGCAGUUGGUAUCACCGAUCGCCAAUUAUCGAAAGGGUGAAAUGAAGUGUCACCUUCGCUUUAUGCCCAAUUGGCGUUUCUACGGGGCUUCCAAUCUCGAGCUUGACAAACGAGUUUACACGACUAUUCUCCAAGGCGAUUUGGCGAGGUUCAAGGAAUCCAUGGUCGAGUUCAACGUCACGACGCCUUUGGAACGUUACGCAUUUCUACGCGGACGAUUCGGACUCUCCGAGCGCGAUCGUCACGUCGUCGCCGAAGUUUUAAGCCCCGCUGGGCCUCUGGGCUUCGAAGCUCUUUGCCAGUUGUUCACCGGCUCCUCUUACGACUUCCACGUCAAGCUCCAGCUCGCGACGCCCAUCGAACUCCUCCAAAGAUCUCUGCUCGUUGCUAAACUGAACAAAAAAGAAGCUGAUUUUCGAGUCGCUUACAACAAUAUCACCGCUGGCUUCCAGGGCGUUUGGCACUACAAUAAUUUCACUGACUUUCAUUACAGUUACGUACUUUUUUCUCCCAUUCAUGGGCUCCACGAAAGUGGCGUCGUCGCCAAACUCGUCGCUGUACGCAUCGAACCCGAAGGACAUUUGGACGUUGACACCGAAUUUUCCGUCAGAAUCGUAGAAACGAAAAUUGGCAUCAAAGCUCACGGUGGUCCCAAACCUCCGCCACCUGCACUUCCCACUCAAGUUAAAUUCGACGAUGCCACUCCAACUUCGGACGAGGACUACGAGGAAGAUGACGAUGAAGAAAACUUCUACUGGAAAGGAGACGUUGAGAUAAACGCAGCAAUCGUAGCUCCCAUUGUGGGAACGAUUGACAUCGACAAAGAUGGAUCGAUUUACAAAAUUCUCGGUUCCUUGAAGCUUCCACAAGGGAGAAUAAUAUUGGAAGAUCGCUUCACGUUCCACGACGUGUUUACGAUGAAAAACGAGUUGAGUGUCGACACGCCGUUCGUGUGGGCGUCGGAGAUCAAUUCGUUGUACGUAUUCAACGUUGAUUCCGAAAAUUCGAUAUACCUGACGGAGGUGAGUUUGAAUUACUUGAACCGUUCGGAAUGGGUGGAGAGCGGUUACUCCGGAAACUACUCGUACGUCGAGGGCGACGAGGACGAUUCGCAGACGCACAGGCUAAAGUUCAAAGUGAAGACUCCACUGUCAUUUUUGAAGUACGUCGACACCGAAACGACUUACGAAAUCGAUGAGAAUGUUUACAAAUCAAAAAUUUCCAUUCAGACCGAAGAUUCUCGAGCCGAGUUAGCCGGCUCGUUAGAACUGGAGGAAAACUUUGUGGACGCUGGAAUAUCGGCGGAAGUCGAGAGUCCGAUUUUGUGCAUACCUCGGACAAAAAUAAUCGGGAAAAAAGAUUUCACCGAGAAAGAAAAGCGCGUCGAGUUGGCCCUUCGUUUGGCCAAGCCGAAAGAUCGAUCCGCCGAAUUUGCAGCUUCGUGGCUGCUCGAGGACGAGAACUUUGCUAAAGCUUCCUUCACUCUGGACACCUGGAUAAAACCCUUGCAAAGCGUCGAAGCUGAUAUACUUUACAUCAACAAUAUUAAGAGUAACGACACUGCUGAACUUGACUUACAUUUCAAACUCUAUCCCGAGCAAGAGGUCAAAGUCCAAGGUCAUUACAGAAGCGGUGACAUCGAUCUCGACAUCACGAGACCUAACGAUCCUUCCCGACGUUUGAAGUAUCAUGGAAAAAUCGUCGAAAUUCAAGACGGCAAAUAUAAAAUCGAUGGUGACUUUUUGAACUUGAAAACUGAAACAAAUUAUGAAGUCCUCGGUAGUCUGACGAUGCAAAACGAAAAAAUCUACGAGAUCCUCGUAGAUAUAGCGCCUCGUGACAAAAGUUCUAAAGAAGACACAUUCACCAUCAAAUUGCAAAGGGAAAAUUAUGGUUUGGAAGUUACAUUCGAUAGCAAUCAUACUUAUGCCGGUAAAUUCAGCUUGGAUUACGUAAACCCCUUGAAUUGGGACACGAGUAUCGAGGUCGUCCCCGGAGGCAGUGACAACCCGAAGAAAAUUCACAAGUACGAGCUCAGCACUUUCAUGAACGUUCAAGUUAAUGGAAACACGACGAUUUACGUGAGCUCGUUGACGCCCUGGGAGGAAAUCGAGCGUUUUCAAUUCGACGGUAACAUGUUGCUCUCGGACACGAGUGGUUUCGUCAAAGUGAAUCAUCGUUUGAACGACGACACUAGUCACUGUCUCCUUUCCUGGAAAUUGCUCUAUUUGAUCGACAUGUACGGCAGAGUCGUCGCUGGUAUCAACAAGGAAAACCUCGAUGCACGAGUCUUUUUGAGAAACCCUAAAAAAGCAUUUAAAAAUAUUGAAGUUGGAUUCGACGUUAACGUCGACGAAGAUCGCUGGCGAUUCGCCAGCAAUGCCACUGUCGGAAUCAUCAACAAAGAGAAAUUCGACGCUGUCGUCGCCGUCCGAUUACCGCCGCCCGACAACGAUCAUCAUCGCUUUUUAGUCACUUAUCACGCCAAUCAUGGAUUGCAAGACGCCCGAUACGUUCUUGGCUACAACGCUCUGAAGGCCAAGACCAAUUAUGCUUCCGAUGGAUCUAUAAAAAUGAUUCCUCACGCCCUGGACAGUCACGUUCGCCUAACGUGGGGACAUUCAUCGAGUAAAACGGUCAACAACGUACUGAACGUGACCUUCGACCAGAAAGCUGCAGAUUUGAGGUACUCGCUGUACACGCCGUAUUUCGAGAACGAAGAAACAGCGGUCCUGCAACUGAACUACGACUCGACCCCGGAAACGCACAGCAACUUGAACGCCGCUCUCUUUUAUCCAUCGCAAAGGAAAGUUGGAAAUGCGAGAAUUUCGUACGCCAGUCUGUCGAACGUCAACGGAACUCUGAACGCGACGACUCACAUGCCUCAGUUUUCUUACGCCGGCUGCAAUUUCAUCGUGCUGACGACACUAAAACAAAACAAAAGGUUCUUCGAAGUGUUCUGGCCAAACCGAACAGCCUUGUUGAACUCCGACUACAAUUACUACAGCCAAAGAUUAAAUUCGAGUCUGGAGGGCGUGCUUCAACUGGAAAUACCUCUGAAUACUCGCCACGUGGGCCACAUGACGUACGGUUAUAAGAAGAGGCCUCAAGUGACGAACGGCUGGGCAGAACUAAUUUACAACGAGAACAAAGUGGUGGAUGCCCGCUACAAUUCGAAGGGCGAAUCUCGAGCUGGUUUCGAGAGGGACAGAAUAGAGAUAACGGUGGAAAACAAGGUUGCACCGAUCGGAGUUAUUUACGUUAAUCAGUACGAGUACAGCGGGGGAAAUGGAGGAACGAAUUACCCGACGGUAGAGUUUAAACAAGUGAACGUUUACCGAUUGGAUAAUAGUUCUGCGUUCAACAUAGCGGGAGAAUCUCGAGUGAGGACGACUCACGAAGGCCAAGAAAUUCGUCUGAAGGGCGUUCACUUCAACAGGACGAUACAAAUAAAAACUGAUUACGAGAUACUGCCCGGGGAAUUCGAUCAGAACACUUGGAUCAGCUUGGCCGAAGACGCCUGGGCUUCUUACCACGUGAAUAUCGUGAACAAGACGACGGAGGAGGUGGACAAUCAAUUUUUGAUCCUGAAUCUCGCCUACCCAAGAAGGAACUUCACUCUCGACGGAUUCUAUCGCAUAACGAGACACGAUUUGGACUCCGAAGCGAAACUCAAGUGGGACGAAGAGACCGACAGACCGAGGACCAUUGGCACAGCGUUCAAAUGGAGAAACUCGACGGACGAUACGACCCUCGACCAUCAGGAAGCUGUUCUGAGCUUCCGACAUCCGAGCUUCGUCAAAGACGUCACUUUUACUGGGGAUCUGAUCAGAAACGAUCCGAGGGACUUGCUCAAUGUCAGCCUCGUCGUCGACUACUCCAAUGACCCCUCCAAACUACUAUUCCUCUCCAGCGUUCUCAGAGACACGAGCACGAGCCCUCGUGACAUCGAAUACACUUACAGCAUCGUCGGCAAACAUCCAAGAACUCAAUUCGACCUCAAAAUCGACGGUAAUUUCCAUAAACGAGCUUACGUCCUUGUGGAAACUGAUCAUCGUGGAUUCUAUAGAAGGAACUACAUGCCUGAAGAAACUGGCCAGUUCCGAGGGAGAAUCGAUGCUCUUAAUUAUUCCGUUUUGUUCCACCGGGAAAGCAACGAACUCGUGAAACACUUCGACCUUCGCUAUUAUCCCACUGACCCGAACUACGUCGUUAAUGGCAGCGUCAUUAACACCCCCGAUCUCAAUGCUACUGGAAGCUUUUAUAUGAAUAUUCCGGACAAACUUACUUGGAUGAUGCUCAAUUACACUCCGGAUGCUGUAGAAAGUCUAAGAAUGUACGGAAACAUUCCUGACGUUCGAAACGCCGCGUUCGACAUCUGGCGGACCUACGACCAGGAUCUCGUUGUUUCCGACAUUUCGUUUUACCUGAAACUCAAUCACUCGAGACUCGUCACGUCCAAACUUAAAUGGAGGCCCGAAUUACGUGAAGAUAUUUGUAAUCUUAUUAAAUCGUCGAUCACGAACACGUACGAUGACUUAGGAAACGAUAUUGAUUAUUGGAAACAAUACGUAAAGAGCGAAACCGUUGCAGCGAUCAAUGACGUUUGGGACGACGCUCGUGAAGACAUUCAAGAUUUUCUUGAGGACUGGGACGAUUUGAAAAGCCUGGAAAAAGAUCUCGACGACUUAAAAGUAUACCUGAACGAUUCGUACAACGCGAACGACUUUUACAUAAAGGACAUCGUUGCAAUUGGCAUGUACGCGAUCGACGAGCUCUCUCUGAGGAGCCACAUACAAACGUUGCCCAACAUAAUAAACGAGAUAUGGGAAAUAAUGGGAGAAUCUGGAGAAGCGAUUAGAAAUUCAUUGCUGUGGAUAAUCGAGACGAUAAAAAUGGGCUACAAGAAAUUUUCGGAAAUCGUAACUGCCGUGCUUCGAGGAGAAUCAGUAGCUCAGAUUGCAAACAUUGUUGAAAAAUUGAUAGAAAAGUAUGACAUGUUUGUGAAGGAUUUGCACGUUUCGUUCAUAAAGUACAUACAAAAUUUGUGGAAUAAAUUUUCCGAGGCAAUUUCGCGGCAGUGGCACGCCAUGCUGAAGAUGAUCGAACCAGCUUUCAUCAGAGUUUUGCAUUACCUCGAAGCUGUUUUGUGGAAAGUGAGCAAGGAAGUUGUCGACUUUUUGUACGACCGACAAAACGAAAUAAUCGGUUCGCCCUAUUUCGAUCGUUUCACCAAUUUGACCCACGACGUCGAUCGCAUUUAUCGAGACAUCAAAGCCAACGAUAUCGUCACAAACGUCCAAAAAUACUCGGCAAUCGUCAUACAGUUUAUACGCGAGCGUUACUUCACGAUCGUGCCUUUUGGAAAAGAGCUCAAAGAACUCGUCGAUGAAAUUGUCUCGGAAUUGAAGGAACUCACCAAAUUGCCGACCGUCCAUUACGCCCUCGACAAAAUCAAUCAAGCUUACGAAAGAGCCAAAUACUUUUAUGAAUAUUUCGGUGUGCGAAGCAAAAUCGAAAAUCUCGUCAGAAUGGCUCACGCCAAGCUGAUCGACAUCAGCCAAACCGCUCUUCAAGCUGAAAGUCGAUACCGAGAAGCCAAAACCAAAUUUAUCUUCGAUCCUGACGAAGGCCUCAUGUGCCUCGAACAAAAAUUACCCAUGUCUUGGCACGCUUUCAAUCAAACACCCGAAUUCCAAGAGAUUCCUGAAUACCGAGCCAUUGUCGAUGUCAAAACUUAUUUCACCACUUCCAACACGACCUUUUGGACUCUCUACUACCAGUACAAACCUUACACCGAACCGGCUAAUUGGCUGCCGCCUUUCAAAGCUCAAGCGAUGAUCGUCGGCCCCCAGCACUUUAUUACUUUCGAUGGUCGUCACUACGACUUUUCGGGUUCUUGUACUUAUCUAUUAGCCCAAGAUUUCGUGAGGAAUGAUUUCGCAGUUCUGAUAUCGUACGACCGUCAAUCAAAUAACGAAGCGAUAACCCAUCGAAUAAUCGUGCUAAUUGGGAAGAAAGUCAUUGAACUGGACGUCUUCAAAGACACCGUCGAGCUGAUCGAUUCGGGGAGGAUUCGUCAACUUCCGGUUCAACUGGAAAACGGUACAGCGUUUGUGUACCAAGAAGAGAGCAUCGUGACGGUGGAAACGAAGCACGAGCAGUUCAAACUUCGCUGCAAUUUGAAAUACGAUCUUUGCGUUUUGGAGUUGUCUGGUUUCUACUUCGGAAAAACCGCGGGGCUCCUGGGGACGAUGAACAACGAGCCGAUGGACGAUACGUUGAGUGCUGAGGGAAUCGUCGCGAAGGACGUCGGUCGAUUCGCCCACAGUUGGUCGUUGAAUCGCAACGGAUGUACGGACGAUAAGAAUUUCGCUGAGGAGUCUGCAACGGUUGAGAACGAUUUGUGCGAUUGGUUGUUCGUAAACAAAAGUUCUGAAUUCAGCGGAUGUUUCAACGUCAUCGAUCCGGGACACUACGCUCGAGCUUGUUCCAACAGUAGAAACGAGGAAGAAAUAUGCACCGUUGCAAUGUCGUACAUGCAAAUGUGCAAUUUCUACGACACUUAUUUAAGAAUCCCAGACAAAUGCACGGCGUGUCCGAUGCUCGAUGGGAGCAAAGUACCUGAGGGAGAAUUCCGCAAAUUAAACGGCAACAAAGUCCCACAGUCAACCGAUGUAGUUUUCAUCGUCGAGGCGAAAGAAUGCAACGUCGAUAUUCGCCGGAACCGCAACAUCGAUCAACUGAUAACACAAAUGAGCAAAGAACUCAACGAACAAGCUCUCACCGAUAAUCGAUGGUCCCUCGUCACUUUUGGCGGCGACGGUGUUUACGAUCGUCCACGAAACCUCAUCCAUCAGAGUCGUCUCUUCACACACGAUCCUUCCAACUUCCUCGACUACUUCGAUAACAUCCCUGUAGGCAGCGGCAAUCGGGACGUCUUCGCUGCUAUCGGGUUUGCUUCGCAGCUUGUUUUUCGUGCUGGCGUCUCGAAAACCUUUGUUUUGAUGCCUUGCUCACACUGCGAACCACAGAACCAAACGCUCGACUACUCGGUUCUGCAUCAAGUUUUACUCGAGCAUGACAUAACGCUCCACAUUUUGAUGGACGGUGAUUUCUACUUCAAGAAGCAACGAGUCAAUAAAAUGUUUUACGGUCUAGACGCUCACAAGUCUUACACGAGAAAAGACGUGAAGGCUCUAGUAGGAGACGUAGACUUGCGGAGGCAAGUGAAGCUAUCGAAAAACGCGUUGGGCUACUGCGCUCCUUUGUCACUGGAAACUAAUGGGACGAUAUUCAGCGGCAACAAAUUACGUUUCGAGAAGCCAACUUCGGUGAAAAAGUUUGCAACCGUUUUUUCAAAGAGAAUUGCACUUUCGGCUAAGCCGAGUGCUUGUCAACACUGCGAAUGCAGCGCCAACAACGACGGUAUAACGCACAUGGAGUGCAUGCCUUGCGUCUAUCCGAUGCCAGUUUCCGUGGAUUUCGUGAGUGAAACCUUUAACGAGGACGACACGUUGGCGAUACUGCAACCGAUGGAGGUUGAUUAUGGUCAAAUCGACAUCGAGGACGAAUGAGACUGAAGUUUCUCAUGAAACUUGCCCAACGCAUACUCGAGUCUCAGCGUUUAAAUCUCCAAGUUACACUUACAUAUUUAUUUUGAAAGAUGGUUUUGUAGUUGUUAAUAUAAUGCUAAGAAAUUUCUUCGA